UGUGUUAUGUGUGUAAACAAAACGUUUGCUUUUUAUUAUUAUUAUUAUUAUACCGUAUAUUAUAAGACAGUCUACUGUAUUGUCUAAACUAACUAACGGAUCAAUUGACGGGUGAUAUUGCCGUUGUUGUUGACCUACGCCACGAUGGAUACGAUGGACAUCAGCGCAUACUUUGUUACCAGUACCGAAGACUUGCCCUUCGAAGAGGACAUUCUCCGAAAUCCGUUUUCGGUAAAACACUGGCUCCGAUAUAUUGACCAUAAGAAACAACAAUCGCUACCGCCGCAGACCAAACAGUCGUCGUCGUCAUCAUCAUCGGCGCCAUUGGUGUCGACAUCAUCAGCUGCAGCGGUAAACAUGGUCUACGAGCGGGCGCUCAAAGAGCUUCCCGGUAGUUAUAAACUAUGGAUCGCCUAUCUUCGGCUUCGGGUCAAACAAAUUACUGGCCAUCCGAUGAUCGAUCCGCAGGUCAGCGAUGUGAACAACUGUUUCGAGCGUUCGUUGGUUUUCAUGCAGAAAAUGCCCAGAAUUUGGUUAGAGUUUUGCCAGUUUUUAUUGACACAAAAUGCUAUCACCAAAUGCCGCCGUACACUGGAUCGGGCCCUACAGGCUCUGCCCAUUACACAACACAACCGUAUUUGGCCGAUAUAUUUGACACUCAUUAAGACCUAUGAUAUUCCGGAGACAGCCGUUCGGGUAUACAAACGAUAUUUGAAGUUACAGCCGGAACAGGCAGAAGAAUUUAUUCAGUAUUUGAUUACUGCCGAUCGUUUGGACGAAGCGGCCAUCAAAUUGGCCGAUAUUGUCAACAGAGACGACUUUCUAUCGAAAGCCGGCAAAUCUAAGCACCAGUUGUGGACCGAAUUGAGUGAAUUGAUUUGCAAGAAUCCCGAUAAAGUACACUCGCUUAACGUCAACGCCAUUAUACGCGAAGGUAUCAAACGAUAUGCCGAUGAACAGGGAAUACUGUGGAUAUCGUUGGCCGAGUACUACAUCCGCAGCGGUUUGUUUGAAAAGUCACGCGAUAUCUAUGAAGAAGCCUUACUGUCGGUAACGACGAUCAAAGAUUUUUCGCAAGUUUUUGACGCCUACGCACAGAGUGAGGAACAGCUGAUCAAAGCAACGAUGGAUAUGACGAAUCUGAGCGAUGACGACGAUAUUGAUCUUGAAUUACGAAUAGCCCGUUACGAGGAUCUAAUCGAUAGGCGACCACUGCUGUUGAAUAGUGUAGCCUUGAGACAGAAUCCGCAUAAUGUCGAUGAAUGGCACAAACGAGUCGGACUGUUAGAGUCAAAACCCGAACAAGUGGUCGAAGUCUAUACCGAAGCCGUACAAACCGUAGAUCCAAAGUUGGCUGUCGGCAAAGUACAUACACUGUGGAUUAAUUUUGGUAAAUUUUACGACCAAAAUGGCCAGUUAGAGGACGCCCGAGUGAUAUUCGAAAAGGCGACUACAGCGGCGUUUACCAAAGUUGAUGAUUUGGCCGCUGUUUGGUGCGAAUGGGUUGAGAUGGAGCUCCGACACGACAACUGGAAACAGGCCCUACAGCUUAUGUACAGGGCUACGGCAGCACCGCCGCCGUCGGCCAAGAAAGUGUCCUAUCAUGACCACACGGAACCGGUACAAAAUCGAUUAUUCAAAUCUCUGAAGAUUUGGUCCAUGUAUGCCGACCUAGAAGAAAGUUUCGGUACGUUUACCACAACCAAAGCCGUCUACGACCGUAUUAUUGAGUUAAGGAUAGCCACACCUCAAACAAUCAUGAAUUACGGUCUGUUUCUCGAAGAACUUAACUAUUAUGAGGAGGCGUUCAAAGCCUACGAAAAAGGUAUAUCACUGUUUCGGUGGCCAAAUGUUUACGAUAUUUGGAACACCUAUUUAACGAAAUUUUUGAGACGUUAUAAAGGCUCGAAACUCGAAAGAGCCAGAGAUCUAUUUGAACAAUGUUUGGCCAAUUGUCCGGAAAAAUUUGCCAAAAAUUUUUAUCUAUUGUACGCCAAAUGCGAAGAAGAUUACGGAUUAGCUAAACACGCGAUGACUAUCUAUGAUCGGGCCGUACAAGCAGUUCUACCUGAAGAACGAUAUGAAUUGUUUAGCAUAUUUGUCCGAAAAGCGGCCGAAAUGUUUGGCGUUACUCAUACGCGACAAAUCUACGAGAAGGCUAUCGAUGUCCUGAACGAUAGCCAGGCCCAGGAUAUGUGUCUAAAGUUUGCCGAAUUGGAGAGAAAGUUGGGCGAAAUAGACAGAGCCCGAGCCAUCUAUGGCCACUGCAGUCAAAUGUGUGAUCCGCGAACUUCGGCCAACUUCUGGAACGUUUGGAAAGAGUUUGAGGUUAAACACGGAAACGAAGACACCAUACGAGAAAUGUUACGUAUUAAGCGAUCGGUGGCCGCGACUUUCAACACACAAGUCAACUAUAUGACCGCACAGAUGUUGGCCGCAGUCAACGGUGGCGGCCGUAGUAAUGAAGCACUGGAACCGACUUCUAUGAGCCAAUUGGAGACAGACUUGAAGCUUACGAACGAAGAGUCUAAUCUGAAAGCGCCGAUAAUAGGCGCCAACAAGAGUUCCGUACUGUUUGUUAAGUCCCAAACAACUGCUAAACUGGUUCCGGAUGACAGUGAGGCCGCUGUUAUUGCGUUACAGAAAACGGCUAAUCCCGACGAAAUUGAUAUCGAUGAAGACGACGACGACGAGGAGGUCGAUGAUGAAGAGGAUGACGAUGGCGACGACGAAAGUGGUUCCCGGAAAAAGGAACCGCAAAAAGAAAUUCAACAAAAAAUGGUUCCCAAAGAAGUGUUCGGAAGUCUUAAGACGGCUGAUGAUGACGACGACGAUGACGAUUGA